AUGUCGUCCGUCAGCGCCGACGUCGAGUGGCUGGGGUCCACCAUCGUGGUCGACACGUCGAGCGGGCACCACCUUCUCACGAUUCAUGGGUACUCCCGCACGAAGGGCCUUCCCGCCGGAGAGUACGUCAUGUCCCGCCCCUUCAGCCUCGGCGGCCACCGCUGGCGCAUCUGCUACUACCCCAAUGGCGAAAACUCCGAGUUCUCGGGUUACAUAAGCGUCUCCCUUAUUCUCGACGAAGAUGGUGCGGCGGCGGUAAAGGCGCAGUGGGACAUCUGCUUCGCCGGCGAGGAGGAGGCGGAGCAGGUGUCGUCGCUAGCAUCGAGGCCGGUUCACGAGUUCACUUCCGAGAACGAAUGGUUUUGCAACAACUUGGCCACCAAGGAGGAACUCGAGAGCUCCGGGCAUCUCAGGAACGAUUCGUUCACCGUCCGCUGCGACAUCGUCGUCGUCCAAGGUUGUCGCGCGGUGGACUUCGUCUCCGUGCCCCCAUGCGACCUGGGCUGGCACCUGGGCGAGCUCUUGGAGACAGGGAAGGGCGCCGACGUGGUGUUCAAGGUCGGCGGCGAGACCGUGGCUGCGCACCGGUGCGUACUCGCGGCCCGUUCCUUGGUAUUCAGCGCCGAGCUCUUCGGGCCGAUGAAGGAGGGAAACGCCGCCUCCGUUCGUGUGGAAGACAUGGAGGCGGACGUGUUCAAGAUGUUGCUCCGUUUCGCGUACACCGGCUCGUUGCCGGAGAUGGGAAAGGAGGACGAAGGCGUCACCUGCCAGCACCUGCUCGUCGCGGCGGACAGGUACGACAUGGAGCGCCUGAAACUGAUCUGCGAGGAGAGGCUGUGUGAGUACAUCGACGUUGGGUCGGCAGCGACUAUCUUGGCGCUAGCGGAGCAGCACCAUUGUGAGGGGCUGAAGAAGGCGUGCUUCAGUUUUCUCUCGCCGCCGGCGAUUCUGAGGGCGGUCAUGGCCACCAAGGGCUUCCAGCAUCUGAUCUGGAGCUGCCCUUCUAUAGUGGUCGAGCUCAUGGCCAUGUCAUGUCCGCAUUAG